CAAACACUGAUUAUCGAUAAGCCUAAUGGUUACUACAGUAGGCCAAUAUGCGUCAUCCUAAAUUCCAUGACUGUCACAGCCCUAACGCUGAAGGCGUGAGAAUUGGAACAGGUUAUCUUGUGCAACUUAGCCUGCCUGUACAUACAUGUCUGUGUGUGAGUCAGUGGCUUUAUCCGAUACCACAGUCUAUUGGCCUCUACUCUGCCAGAACGGCCUGUGUUGGCCCAGCGCUUUACACACGUUAACAAAGCACAGGAAAUCAGCAGAGUAAGAGACAAUGAAAUUAAGAUGACUAGCACACAGACAAGUCACUGUGGCCCUGUUCGUGUGUUGUGUGUGUGAGGAAUAUGCUGUGCUCUUUCACCAGCUCAGCUUUAUCUUGUUCCGUGUUUCAAGCAGUAAAUCAGUGGGGACUACAACAGCUCCUGCUCUGUCCUUUCACUCAGGUAGUGGGUGCAGCAAGCAGGAUUCACGCCCAUGAUUCAGACUCCCACGACAGGGAGAGUGACAUCAUCCGAGGGUAAACACACUCUCUGCCGUUAGGUAGGGAGAGGUGGAGGAAACAAAGAAGGAAAAAAAACUCCACCUGGUCGUCUCUUUACACUGACCUCACCUGGGUUACUUCAUCAGAGGAGACUUUCUCAAACAACACACCUGCUGGGUCCUAGAAGGAAUAUACUUGUACUAUUGAACUGAACUUUGAGAAGAUAGAGGGAAGCACGGGAUCAAAUUGGCAAGGUCUACAGGACAUGAUAGGUACCCUUUACUGAGAAGGAUUCUAAGACUCGGCUUCGUCUCAGAAGUGAACCAAAAGGACAUCUCAACAGAACCUGGUAAGAUGCCACUGACGACGUCUCUGUACCGUAAGCCAGCCUCGGCCCGCUGGUCCAGAAGGACACAGAAGCGCAGGGAGGUGCUCUCUGUCAACAUGAUCAGCCUCCCAUUAGCCGACUUCCGCCAUGUUUCCCACAUCGGGAACAACGACCACAGCGACAGCUUCGGGGACUUGUCCUUUCUGAAGGGGGGCAACAGCCUGGUGCUGCAAAGCUCUCAGAGUGAGCAGAACCUCUUGCUGGCCUGCUACCCUCCACCCAAACCCUUACGCCUUAACCUGGACGAGGCCACGGAGACCCCCGAGUGGACCAGGGCCCACAUGAGCCACAGUGCCUCAGAGAGGAGGAAGAAGUGCAGCUCCUUGCCCCUGCUGGACAGCGAGGAGGGUGAGGGGAAUGGGGAGAUGGAGGGCAGGGUUAGCCCCAGCCACAGGGUCAUGGUCAGCAGCCCCAGUCCUGCCCGUGGCAGCCUGAGUUCUGGCCGGGAUGGAGACUCCACUCAGACCUGCUCUGAGGACACGCAGCAGCUGGAUGAGGUGGACAAUAGCUUCUCCUUCAGCCUGGACCUGGGCCCCUCCAUCCUGGACGACGUGCUGCAGGUCAUGGACAGGCUCCACUAUUAGAGGAACAGCCAGACAGAGACCUUACUAACGUCAUCAUUGUGACUGGCAUUAGAACACUCAGCUGCCAUAAGACGAUGAACGGCUGACAUAAAAUAGAGUACGGUUACAUGCACACAAUAAUAUGAUUAUUGUGAAUAGUCAGAUUAAUAUAGUAGUUCAAAUAAACAUUUACAUGCUUUGCAAGAAGAACAAUUUCCCAAAUAAUCCUGUUGACAUAGACCCAUCUGAAAUCAGGCUAUUUGAUGGGCCUUUAAUAAACGCAGAAAAUCACCAAUCAAAACAAACGUUCUACCACAGCGACCAUGUUAUAUUUGUGAAGCAUAUUAGAUUCUGAGUUUACACGUGAAAACUAUUUCUAAUAUGAAUGCUUUCAGUUUUUCCGAAGUCACUUCACUCAAAAGAAGGAAGCUUGCACUGCUCGUGCUGGCACAGAUCAAAUACACCGCUAGAACUCUGAUUAAGGCAUUGCAUGGCCUAAUAUUUUGAAAGAUUGCUCAGAAAACAAGGUGUUUUAAUCGUCGUACGUUUACUUCAAUUAUGACCGUACACCGAUUAAGAUAGUCAUGUAAACACCUUACUCUGCUUAAUCUGCCUACUGCCAAUUAGUUUAAUAUUGAAUUAUUAGUGCAUGUAAACAUACUCCAGUGUCAGAGCAUUUGAAACACCAUGGAUAUAACCUACAAAGGGAUCUCUUCCAUUUCAUACGAGGUCAUCGACAAGAAUAAGAGUACACAUGGACUUUCACUUUAACUUACUCCUUCUCUCAUUUUACUUAGAAAAAUGUUUGCUAUCUAUAGUAGAUUAUUAUGACAGAACGCUUCUCAUGAUGGAGUUGUACGCUAAUUUGAACAUUUCUUGACUGUAUCUGUUGUUUCUAUGAUACAGUAAUAGAAUCAGAAUGAGAGUCUAUUGAUGUUUAAGGGUUAACGUUGGAAUUCUCCGCUCUCCUUUCAACCAGUCUAUGGGGCAAAGUUCAUGUUCUUCUAGCAUUACCUGUUGCAGUGGUAAAUAAAAUGUUACAUAGUCUAGUUAAUAAUUUAGCACCUUAUUUAUCUUAAAGGCCCAGUGCAUUCAAAAACCACAUUUCCUUGUGUUUUAUAUAUAUUUUGACACUAUGAGGCUGGAAUAAUACCUGUGAAAUGCCCUUUUGGUGUAAGAGCCAUUUAAAAAGAGUGCCUGAAAUUUCA